AUGGUUGGUUCUACCCUUGUGAAGAGUGUCUUGGAGCCCCGUACUGGGUUCUGCGAGGAUGCUAAGGCUAUUGAGUUACCGGAGUCUACUGGCACGCCUGCGUCGUUCACGUAUGCGCAGCUCCACGGAAUGAUCCAGAACGUGCGGGCCCAGCUGGCAGCCUUGUCCCUUCCGAAAGGCGCAGUGCUGAGCAGCAGCCUCAUUAAUAGCGCUGAAUUUGUCGCCGUGUUCCUUGCGACGGCUGAGGAAGGCCUGAUUGCAGCACCGCUGAACCCAGGGUACAAAGAAUCGGAGGCUCACUUCUAUCUCGGAGACACGGAUGCCAAGCUCCUCAUCCUUCCCAAGGGGUCACUGCGUGGUGAGGGUGUGAGUGGGGGUGCCCUCGCGGCGAAGCGCGCUGCCGAAUCGCUCAAUAUACGGAUCGUGGAGGCGGUGCUCGACGCGGCCAACGCCACAGUCACUCUCGUCGAUGCGCAGGGCCCCCUGCCCAAAGGGGAGCCGACGGGUGCGUCCGAGGACCAAACGGCCCUGAUCCUGCAUACGUCCGGUACAACAGGGCGCCCGAAGGCGGUGCCGCUCUCCCACAAGAACCUCGUGGCCACUAUGCACAACAUCCAGCGCACCUACAAGCUCACCCAGGAGGACAAGACGUACUUGGUCAUGCCUCUGUUCCACGUGCAUGGCCUUAUGUGUGGUCUUCUCUCGUCACUACUAUCUGGUGGUACUGUGGUGAUUCCACCGCGCUUCAGCGCAUCAGCAUUCUGGGACGAGGUUACCAAGAGCCGACCCACAUGGUACACGGCUGUCCCGACAAUCCAUCAGAUCGUGCUCACGCUUGAGCAGCCCUCUUCCAUACCACCUUUCCGCUUCAUUCGCUCCUGCUCGUCGUCGCUUUCGCCAUCUACGUUCGAAAAGUUGGAAAACGCGUUGGGUGCGCCCGUGCUGGAGGCGUACGCGAUGACGGAAGCCGCGCACCAGAUGACAUCGAAUCCUCUACCACCGGCUAAGCGCAAGCCUGGUACGGUGGGUAUUGGUCACGGUGUCGAAGUCAAGGUGCUGAAUGAGCAGGGCGAGGAUCUCCCCGCAGGCCAGAAUGGUGAGGUGUGCGUGCGUGGCCCGAACGUGACGGCUGGCUACUUGCACAACGACAAGGCGAACCGCGACAGCUUUUUCCGUACAGGUUUUGGAAACUGCCCACCUUCCUCAGAUGGGUUUCUGCGCACUGGAGACCAAGGACACUUUGACGAGGAUGGCUAUCUAGUGCUCACUGGCCGAAUCAAAGAGCUUAUCAACCGCUCGGGUGAGAAAAUCAGCCCACUGGAGAUCGACAAUGCCCUCUUGUCACUUGAUGGUGUCAAGGAGGCCGUGUCCUUUGGGAUUCCGGAUGACAUGUACGGCGAGCUCGUCGGCGCUGUCGUGGUUUUAGAGGAGAGUGGGAGCAUGGAUCAAGAAAGUAUUCAGAAGGAACUCAGCCAUAAGCUGAUCAAGUUCAAGAUCCCGAGCCGUAUUUGGAUCACCGAUAGUAUUCCUAAGACGUAUCGCCGCAACGUCGCGGCGACCUUCUUGGGUGCCUGA